AUGACAAGGCAGCUUAUUGCAAUCACACAACACAUACCCAUCCAUCCAUCUAUACCAAACUGCACGACUCCUUUAAAACCACGCCACCCGCCGCCGGCGACCACGCCACCCUCCCCGUUUCUCCUCCUCCUCCUGCCCACGCGUGCUUCCCUCUCCUUCUCCUCCUCCUCCGCGAUGGCCUCCGGCCGCGACCUCUCCGGCGACCCGCCGGACUCCACGCGCCUGCGGAUCGGCGACGACAUCGCCUGGUCGGACGUCGGCGGCGUCUACGACCGCGACGACUCGCUCAAGGAGAACACCAACCCCAAGUGCCUCCUCAAGAACCUCAACCACCUCCCCCACAACGGCGGCUCCUCGCAGAGGUUCUCCGGCAACCUCAAGCCCACGGCGGCGCCCAUCAUCGGCAUCUCCGGGAAGCUCGGCCAGCAGGGCGGGAGGAAGCACCACCACCACCCGCACCCGGCGAUGUUCCCCAAGAAGGCUGUCGUCGGGGGCGGCGGCCGCAACCCCAAGCCCGCCGUGCCCGAGCACGAGCCCACCUCGCCCAAGGUGUCCUGCAUCGGGAAGGUCCUCUCCGAGCGAGAGCGCGCGCGCCGCCGCCGCCCCGGGAUGGGGAUGAGCCCCGGCGGCUGCUGCCCCGGCCUCGGCUCCAUGUUCCGCCGCAGCCACUCACGGAAGAACGCCGUGGAGUGCGUCGACCAGUCCCCGCCUCCGCCUCCUCCCUGGACGUCGAGGCGGGAGCCGGAGGAGGAGCCGGCGCCGGCGCCGGUGCAGGUGCCGGGGCUGGGAGGGAUGAUGCGGUUCGCGUCGGGGAGGCGGGCGGCGGAAUGGGCGGCCGAGAUGGAGUCGGACGGACGCGUGGCGAGAUCUGGGCCGUUGUAGUAGUGGAGCGAUUUGUGUUUGGUACGAGUCUCUGUUGCUGUUGGUUGGUGCCAUGCUUUCGGUGUAGUUGAGAUGUGUACAUACUACAGUUAGGACACAUUUUUUUUGGGCUCUCUCUCGCCAUUUAAUUUUGGUUUAAUUU